AUGCCUAGCUACCAGGAUUGCUCGGCAGUCAGCCCGGUAUGUCCGGUCGAGUCCACGACCUACGGCUACUACCCGAACCUAGGCGCCAACAUCUUCUUCACGGUCUUCUUCGCCAUCUGCGGCAUCUCCCAGCUGGCGAUCGGCAUAUACCACCGCACAUGGACGUUCAUGGCGGCGCUCGCCGCGGGCGCGCUUCUCGAGAUGGCCGGGUAUAUCGGCCGCGUGCUCAUGCACCAUAACCCGUGGGACUCGUCGGCGUUCAAGCUCCAGAUCGUCUGCCUCGUGCUGGCGCCAACCUUCGUCGCGGCGGGCAUCUACCUCACGCUCAAACAUAUCAUCCUCGCGCUGGGGCCGGAGCACUCGCGCCUCAACCCGCGGCUCUUCACCUGGAUCUUCAUCGGCUGCGACGUCGGCUCGCUGCUCCUGCAGGCGGCGGGUGGCGGCGUCGCGGCCGCGGCCGGCUCCACGGACAAGGACAUGCUGCUCGCGGGCGACAACAUCAUCAUCGCGGGUAUCGCGUUCCAGGUCGCGACGAUGUCCGUUUGCGGGCUGCUGGGGCUGGAGUUCUUCUUCCGACACUGGCGGCGCGGACCGGGCCUGUCGGGCGAGAAGACCACGGUCGGGAAGAGCGUGGUGCUGCUCAUUGCAGGUGAAAUCUUUGCGUACAUCACCGUCUUGAUCCGGUGUAUCUAUCGUAUCCCCGAAAUGGCCGGCGGAUGGGGCAACCCGCUGAUGCAAAGGGAGAAUGAAUUCCUCGUCCUGGACGGAAUGAUGAUCGCCCUGGCAGUGGUGACGCUUACGAUCCUGCACCCGGGCUUCUACUUCAAUUCCAUCCGGAGGGGAUCCAAGAACCGGUCUUAG